AUGAAGUUUUUCACCAAAGUGAAAAACUUGGUUAAAACUACAUUCAUGAAACACCUCAAUGGCAAGUAUGCCAAGACAUCUGUCAAAACUAAAACAAAUAUCUGCCAUGAUGAAGGUCUGAACUUUGGACUGAAACUAUCGGAAGACUGCAUAGAGCCACUUCAACUCGGCAUACAAACUGUAGACGUGGGAACCCCUGAGGAUUCCAAAAAUAAAUUUACUGAAAAAAUUCAUUUAUUACUGAAGAUUGUCAAUUCAUCCACUAUUAUUUAUGAUGUAAUUGUUAUUAUUUAUAUAAAAUAA